AAUAUUUAGAAUGUAGAUACUGUUUUUCCAUUCCUUAAAUAUAAACAUAUAUAUUGCAUGGCAAUACCUACCAGACGACAGUCUGUAAUCACAAUUCACAAACCGAAAUUAAAUAAUUAUCGUUAAUGUAAGUAUCAUUCCUACUGUAGUUUACUUAAUUAUGUGUGGCUGGUUAAAACAAAGGAAAUAUACUGCUCGCCAUUUGAGUGCGAGAAGCUCUGGUGCAGUUCGUUAGGAGCAGCUCAUUUUGCACACAUUUGAAUUGACAUUCACCGUAGGUAAAUAACCACAAAAGUGUUUCAAGUGGUUCAAUUUCGGGCGUGUCAGAGCUCGAAACUUUCUUAAAAGGAACACAGGGCAUCGUGCACGGUACAGCUUGGAGCUCCUCUUUCUCUCAAAUGGAAAGCAGUAAUUGCAUCUACUAACUAAUUUUAUAUGAAUCCAUGAAAACUGAUAAAAUAAUGGUGGCGCUCUUGCCAUUUUGCAUUAUCGCUUCUAUUGGUCAUUGGCACUCUGAUUAGGGCUACGUUUACAAGAGCAAAGUUUAAAUAAAUCUACGACUGAUAUCGGGUCAAUCGUUUUGUACCGGUAUGUUUGUUUAUAGCACUUUCCAAAGUCACAAGGUUCAACCACACCAAACAUUUUCUCUUUAUUUAUGGAAGAAAAACUAGGGGGUGUUUAAUUAAACGAUCUGUGAAUUUCAAUCAUAUAUCUCAAUUAACAUUUACUAACCAGGUAAUUUUUUUUAGCUCAAGCAAAAAUGGCCAGUGUUCUUGUGCUGCUUAUUAUAGGAACGUUAACGUGUUCUUCCGUUGCAUUAUUAGCUCUUUACUUAUAUUUUAAAAUUUCAUUUACGUAUUGGGACAAAAGAGGAGUAUACGUACCUUUUAAGCCGAUUUUUCCAUUUGGAAACGCCAAAGACGUGCUACUACAAAGAAAGGGACUUAGUGAGGUACUUUCUGAUGCUUUGUACUCAUCUCACGCUAACGCUAAACGAUUCUGUGGAUUCUAUUUCUUAUCAAGACCUUGUUUGGCUAUUGGAGAUGUGGAAUUAGUCCAAUCCAUAAUGAAAACUGAUUUUGAACACUUCACGGAUCGACUUUUUCAUGGUGAUUCAUCAGAUCCUCUGAGCGAACAUUUAGUUUCCAUGAAAGGUAAACAGUGGAAAGUUGCACGAUUACAACUAUCACCCGCUUUUACAAAAAUUAAAAUGAAGACGACGUUUCCAACCAUCUGUAAGUACACUGAUGAACUCCUGGACGUUCUCCACAGCGGAGAAACGAAUGAGGUUGACAUUCAUGAAUUGCUUGAUCGUGCCGCUAUCGAUAUGUUUGGCUGUUGGGCUCUUGGACUAGAAUGUUCGAGUCUAAAGGACCCGAAGUCAAAGACCGCUCACUACAUAAGGCAAUUCUUCAACUCUUCAUCGUCUCUUGAUUUACUUAUUAGAUUAAUCUCCAUGACUUGGCCGAAUCUAUUGGCGAAGAUAAAGUUCAGAUCAGUACAAAAACCAGUUGCGGACUUUUUCCUCAAUACCAUUACAGAAACCUUAAGGUACCGAAAGGCCAAUAACGUUGUUCGAAAUGAUUUUCUCCAACUGUUACUACAAAUUAAAGAUAAACAAGAAGAAGGCAGCGAUUGGACCGAAACUAGAAUCGUAGCACAGUCGCUUAUGUUUUUCAUAGCGGGGUACGAAACCUUGUCCCUUGCAAUGACAUAUUGCUUAUAUGAACUCGCUGUUAACCCAGGAAUACAAGAAAAGGCAAGAUGUGAGAUUAAAAAAAUUGUAGAACAACAAGGAUUCACCUAUGAUUCGGUUAUGGGUAUGUCCUACUUGGAGAAAUGUGUACUGGAAUCUCUAAGAAAACACUCGCCCGUCCCGUUUCACCCCAGAGAGUGCACCAAAGACUACACCAUACCAGGUACUGAGAUUUUAAUAGAAAAGGGGACCGCUGUUUUCAUAAUAAGUAGGGCAAUUCACAAUAAUCCACUCCAUUACCCAAAUCCGGAGGUAUUUCAUCCAGACCGGUUUUCAGAGGAUGAAGUUUCUAAAAGGUCUCCCGCAGCAUUUUCAGCAUUUGGAUUUGGUCCUCGAAGAUGCAUUGGUUCCAACUUCGCCACGGUGGAAACACAAACCUGUCUAGCGAAACUGCUUCUGAAUUACAAAUUCAGCGUAAACGCUAAAACAAAAAUUCCCAUGAUUUACGAUCCUCGAAUUGUUAUAAACGUACCUCAAAAUGGUAUAUGUUUAACUAUAGAAAAGAUUUCGGCAUAAGCUUUGAAGGGUUGAGAUCUGUUCAUUUAUAGCGCCUUGGUUCUACAAGCGGCGGUAUAUUAAAUAAAUUGACGGAACCACCCAAUUAUUAUGCAUAUUAAUGCACAAUUAAUACAUAAGAUUGUUUUUCA